UGUUUUGUGUUCUCUUGGUGGCACAUUGAUCCUAGCGAUGGAGGCCGUCUGCCUGUCGAAUUUCUACUGUUUGUCACACUGGAAUAUGUUGCUGGCAAGGAGUCUAACAUGAUCGAGCGCAUGUGUCCUGUUAAAUCCUUCGGAUUUGGUGAAGCAUUAUGGUUCCCGAGUUGUAGUAUUCUGGGCCUUCAAAAUAUGCAAGUCUGUAGUAUCAUAAAAAAUCCCAGAAGGAUAGGCGCAUUGAAUUAAAUAUCCUAUCUAUUGCGGCUAGCCUGCUAGCAUUACCAAUUCUUUAAGAAUUGGUCGAGCCGCAUUAUGGAAGAAUCAUACUCAUUGAAUCGCAAAGCGUCCACCUAAGGCCUCUGUGAACAGCGUCGGAUCCACGUUCCAUGUCAGCAGCAUGAGGUAAUCGAGUCGAUCCUCUCGACGUGCGCUUGUGGUUCCGGCUACUUUAUCUCCCGUGUCCUCCGAAAAACUCGUAGCCCCAGUCAUGUCUUCCCCUAGCCAAGGCGCUGCACCGCCAUGGCUUGCUUAGAGCCGUCGACGGCCGUCCGGUGCGGCGGCGCUUCCACGAUCCCCUCGCAUCCCACAGUCCGCCGCCGGCUGGGACCACCCCAUCGGCGGCUGCCGCCCGCCGGUGCUCUUAUUCGAUACCAAGCGACCCACCAAUCCGACCACGUUCUCUUCCUUUCUUCGACUACCAAUAACGAGAAGAAUGCCGCUAGAAUUAGUAGAAGGAGAUCGAUUCUGUUGCUGUUCCCAUUCCUGGUGGUCUCGUCGCCGUCAGCCGCUUCUCCGCCGGUCUCCGACGACCUGGAGCGGUACACGGACACGGGGGAGGGAUUCACCCUCCUGAAGCCUCCCUCUUGGGUCAAGGUGGAGAAGGCGGGGGCUACGGCUUUGUUUGAAGAAGGGAAGGGGAGCAAUAACAUUGGGGUUGUGGUGAACCCCGUCCGCCUGUCCUCUCUCAAAGACUUUGGGACUCCAGAGUUCGUGGCCGACAAGCUCAUCCAAGCUGAGAGGAGAAAGGAAAGCACCAAGGAUGCACAAGUGUUGAGUGUUGCUGAAAGAUUAGGUCACAGUGGCCUGCCAGUGUAUGAGUUUGAGUAUAAAGUUGAUAGCACCAGAGGGGGGAUGAAGAGGAUAUUUUCAGCUUCAUUUGUAGCUUCCAGAAAGCUCUAUCUUCUCAAUAUCGCCUAUUCAGACAAUCCAGAUAAUCCCUUGGAUGGUAAAACUAGAAUGGUGUUGGAACAAGUUCUUCACUCUUUUGACACAGCAUAAACAUGAGUGCUUAGUUCAGGAAAGCUCAAACCUGGAAGAGGACACACACUUUGUGUCCUAAGCCGCUUUCGAUGCAAAUAUGAGACCUGCAAAAUCUCACAAAGAUGCAUGGUGGGGCAAUCAACAUAAAUCAGCUGGUGUUAGUUGUUCGUUUGAAGCUGCAAAAACUAUCAUGAUGAGGUCAAGCAAAUCAAAGAUUUUAGAUCAUUCUUAUGUUUGAAAUUCUUAUAUAUAUUUUGCAAAUUUCUUGAAUGUGUAAGUUCAAUGAUGGUUUUGAUAGGUUAAGUUUCAUUUGUGAUUUAUAUUAAAUUCAUUGUUUCUGAACAAUGGAAGUUGUAAUAUUUGUAAGGCUGGUCAAGAAAACUCAUGAUUCUAUGU